AUGGUUACCAUGGGGAACAUCGAUAUCUCGAAUAAUGAGUCAACAAACUGCGGCGUUUGUCAUGGUAUAAAUUCAUGUUGCAACAACUGUCAAGAUGUUAUUGAUGUUUAUAAACAGAAGCGAUGGACAUUAAAUCCAAAUAAAGUUGAACAAUGUCAAAAAAAUUGCCAUGGUAUUUAUUUUAAAUCGGAGUGGAAUAAUAAUGAUAAUGAUUUGUAUGUACCGGAACUAAAUUCAACAAUCGACGACUGUUGUAGUAGAUGUAAAAACGAAACGAAAUGUCAAGGAUUCGUGUACGACUCAGAAGAAAAGAAAUGCUCAAUCAAACAGCUGAUAACAAAUAAAAAUGGGUCGUUUAAUCAGUUUGCAAUGUCAGCACAAAUAUACGCCACAAAUAUAUUGAUGCAUGAUGAUGACUUCUUAGUUGGUGUAUGUAACACAACUGUUGGAGAUGAAUACAGCCUAACAAUCACUGAACAAUCACGAAUAGAGGCGAACAAUCACCUUGGCUUGAAUCGGUGUCAAUAUUUGGAAAAAAUGAGUGUCAGAAACAUUAUCGACAAUGAUUUGACAACAAAGUAUUUAAAUUUCGGAAAUGGAAUACCGAGUGAUACUGUUGGCGUUGGUACUGGUUUCGUUGUUGUCCUCUCGAGUGGUUUAUCUGUCUUGACGGGUGUUCAGUUUGCUACGGGUUCAAAUAUGGCCGCUAAAGAUCCGUUGACAAUCACAAUCGAGUGUAGUAACGCGACAACAUCACUAGAAAACGGUAUACAGUGGCGAUUGAUUUACGAAGGAUCUAAUGGAUGUGGUGCACAACAAAAUAUUGGUCGUCAAAUUUAUUGUCCAAUUCAAGAUAUUCAAACAAAUGUUUCUUGUAGAAGUUAUCGACUAUUAAUUCAAUCUCAACGUGGUAUAGCUACUAAUAUACAAUAUUCAGAAGCACAUUUACUGGGGUAUUUUAUUAAGUAA